CCCAUUUUUUUUUUCAUUUCCUAUGUCUGUCCACUUGUGUCCGUAAAAGUUUCUUCAUAAAAUUACACACUCCAAUGGCUAGCAAACACAGAAAACUCUUCCCUGAUGAAACAACAACAACCACAAACCAAACCCAAGAUUGCUAUGGCUUUUGUGACCCUGCAUGCCCUUACAAUUGUUACAAUAACCCUGAUUACUUCUUCUCUCCACCACCACCUUCUAUUUCACAUUCAAGCCAAGUUAAUCACAUAUCCUCCUACUUGAUCAUUCUUGUUACUCUAUUCACGGUCAUUUUUGUUGUGGUUGGUUUCUACGUGAUCAAAGUGAAGUGCUAUGCUGCAUGGUGCGGGUGGAGAUUCAACAACGGUUCCGUUCCCUCUCAAUCAGACACUGCUGAGGAGUUUCUCAAUGAGAACCAAGUUGAUCACCCCGUGUGGCUCAUUGCCACUGUGGGGUUGCAACAAUCGAUCAUCAACUCCAUCACGGUUUGCAAGUACAAGAAGAAUGAAAGGUUGGUUGAAGGAACCGAGUGUUCGGUGUGUUUGAACGAGUUUCAGGAAGAAGAGACUUUAAGACUCUUGCCAAAGUGCAACCAUGCUUUUCAUGUUCCUUGUAUUGACACUUGGUUGAGAUCACACACAAAUUGUCCUCUUUGUCGGGCUGGUAUUGUUUCUAGUAGUGUCAACUCUGAAGCACAAGCACCUGUGUCGAAUUCGGAGCAAGAAAAUGCAAAUUUGGAGAGGAAUCAAGAUACCCUUUUGGAGAAUUCAAGGAAUAAUGAAUGUGAUUUAAGCAGCAACAUGGUUGCAGGGGAAUCAAGUGAAGCACUUGAUGAAUCAAAUUCUAAGGAUAGGGUAAAUGAUCAAACUCAGAACGAUGUGGUUCUGAAUAUCGAGAUUCUAACAGAGACGGGAUCUGUUUCAACUACAGAAUCUGAAAGUGAAAGCCAUCGUGUUGUUGAUGAUCACAAACAACAUGAUGACACAAUGUUGAACACGGUUGAUCAACGGAAGCAAGAGCAAGAUGGUGAGUACUACUGCUCAAAAACGUGUAAAGCAAUGCGUCGUUCAUCUAUUGAAGAGUGUUUGCAUUUAAACCCGGUAUCUAUGAAAAGGUCGUUCUCCUCCUGCAAUGGAAGGAUUCUAACUUCGAGAGUUUAUAUGAGUCUAAACUCUAAACUCAAUUCAUCCCUAUUAGAGUUUUCAUUUUAUGAAAGAUGAACAUAUUGAUGAGUAACAUGAUGGUGUGAUGUCCAUUUUACUCUCAGAUUUUGAGGGCACCCUUAGGUUGGAGUUUGAACAUUUGGCAAUGGUUUAAACAGAAAAUUGUGAAAGAGAAAAGAGAUCAAUUUUAUUGAAGAAUAAAAUGUAAAUUGUAAUUGAAGUUUUAUCAAGUGCUGGGGCAUGUGAAAAUAACUCUUGUAUUUUUGUAUCACAAAAUCACAAUGUCCAGUGGCACUGCAGAACAGGUUUGCUCCCACAAAAUGGAAUGAGGUACAUUAAGUGCACUAUUUUUUGCUUCCAAAUUGUGUAUUGGUGUAAGUUUAGUUUUCCUUUAUUGGGGGGCUCAUAACUUGAAUACGAGAUUUUCGAUUCUUUACUUUCAAGUUUCAA